AUGAACAAGCACAGCGUAAAUCCCAAUACGCGGACAUACGACUUCUUAAUCAACUAUUAUCUGGACAGCGAUAAUUUAGAGAUGGCGUUACUCAAGCUUGCUGAGAUGAAUGACUUAGGAUUCUCUCCAAGCCUCAAGGUUGCUAAAAAUCUGUCCCAUACCGCGGGACAAUAUGGUCAUGCACGUCUUGCCUUGGAACUUGCGGAUGCGUAUGAGGAGACGACGAUCCGUCGACUUGAUUCUGAAGCAUGGGUCAACAUCUUGAUACACAGCGCGGAACAGCUUUACGCGGAAGGUGUUUUGCGGUGCUGGAAGAAAGUGGUCACUGAUCUUCGUGUCCUCGUCGACGAAGGUCUCUGCCAACUGGUAUUGCAUACCGCUGCUCGACACGGUCUUCCCGUCCUCGCUUCAGAGGCAAUACGACAGCUCGAGGCAAUCGGGGUACAGUACCAAGAAUAUCAUUUCUCACCAAUGCUCGAUGCAUUCGUCAAGAAUCAGCAACUAAAGGAGGCCUUUUCCGUUCUUGACUUGAUGCGUCAAGCAAAAGUGAAUCUGACGAUUUAUUCUGCGGAUUCGAUCCUCCAUGCCAUCAAACACGAUCCGGAAUUGAUUGAUGGUGCUUAUGCACUCUUAGAAGAGCUACACAAAGAAGGCAGUACCGUCGACGUCAUCGCCGUAAAUGUUCUCAUCAAGGCUUGUGCUAUGCUCAAUGACUUGCAAAGGGCUGUUGGGAUAUACAAGACUAUGUCCUCACUUGGUGUCCAACCUGACGCAGAGACAUAUGAAAUGUUGUUGAAAGCAUGCAGAGCGGCACGACACGUCGAGUUAGGAGAACGCUUAUUCAACGAGAUGCGGGAAGCGGGGCUUAACCCAACAGCAAGGUCAUUCGAACGACUCAUCAGUCUCGUGUUAACUCAAACGGACUACGAAAACGCGUUUUUCUACUUGGAAGAGAUGAAAGUCUCUGGCCACACGCCUUCAUACCCCACAUACGAGGACAUCGUUAAGAAAUGCGUAUCAGCGAGCGAUGGUCGGUAUAAACUCGCUGUGGAAGAGCUUAAGCAGAUGGGUUAUAGAGUCUCGAGUCGGUUGCAAAACUUUAUUGAUUCGGGAGGACAGGAGUGGAAAGAACAGGUGUCCGAGGACGAGAAACUACCUUUCGAGACGCGUAAACGGAUUUGGGAGAUGGGUGUUGCGCAAGAAGCGGCUCAGACUCAGCCUUAG